AUGUACAUAGAUUGCAAGAACUCUACAGGUGCAGAAUUCAUAUGUGCCACUACCGACAUAACAGCAUCUGACCUCCUCGACUCAUCUUGUGAAGAUCUCCAGAUAGUGCACAAAUCGUUCUUUCCUCUUAACGGGGUGUUAAACCAUGAAGGUCAGUCUCAUCCAUUGCUUUCGGUGCAGGUAACUCAAUUGAUUGACGGCAUAUUCAUUGGAUGCAGCAUGAACCACACUGUCUGUGAUGGAACAUCUUUUUGGCAUUUCAUAGCUUCAUGGGCUGAAAUUUCUAGAGGAGGUGGGUUUGGUCUUCUCUCAUGCCAACCUAUCCUUGAACGCUGUUUUUUCGACACUGAUUCCCCAAUUCGCAUCCCUAUCUCCACAUUCCAACUCCUUCCACAGAGAUAUUCUCAUAAUAUUAGUCCACUUGAAGAGAGAAUUUUUAAUUUUAAGCAAGAAAGCAUCGCCAGAUUGAAAACAAAGGCUAAUUUAGAGAUCAGUGAUAGUAGUAUUACUACUACUGUCUCGUCUUUACAAGCUUUGUUUGCUCAUGUUUGGUUAGCCACGACUCGUGCUAGAAAAUUAGAUCCAAAUGAAGAGACCAGUUUUUGGUUAUCGAUAGGUAACAGAUCUAGGAUGAAUCCACCUAUGCCCGAAGCAUACUUCGGAAACUCGCUCCAGCAUGGUGUGGCAAAUGCUAAGGCUGGUGAGUUACUUGAAAAAGGACUUGGAUGGGCAGCUUUGUUAUUAAACCAAGUGAUCGUGUCUUAUGAUAACGACAACGUUCUAAGUAUUUGGAAAUCAUGGACGGUGAAACCCAGUUUCAUGUUCACUGGUAAUUCUUCACCCCCAAAGAACAUUUUGGUGUCAGGAGGAUCUCCAAGGUUCAAUGUGUAUGACAAUGAUUUUGGUUGGGGCAAGCCUGUUGCAGUGCGGACUGGGUGUUCUAGCCACUACGAUGGUAGGGUUAUACCGAGUCGUGGAGUGGUUGAAGGAAGUAUAGACCUUGAAGUUUGUUUGUCUCGUGAGAUUAUGCAGGCUAUAUAG